GCUCUGUGGCCCCCCCCGGAGGAGUGACGGCGGGCGAAGAUGGCGGAGGCGGCGGCGGUGCCGCAGCACCGGUUCUUCUGCCACAGCUGCAAGGGCGAGGUCAGCCCCAAGCUACCGGAAUACACCUGCCCCCGCUGCGAGUCCGGCUUCAUCGAGGAAGUCACUGAUGAUUCCAGUUUUUUCGACGGCAGUUCCCUGGAUGGCAGCCCCUCCUCCCAGUUUGCAGAGCUUUGGGACCACUUGGACCACACGAUGUUCUUCCCGGAUUUCCGGCCGUUCCUGAGCGCCGGCGGCUCCCUGGAUUCCGAGGGCCGGGAUCCGGAUCGGGGAUCCCCGGGAGAGCUGUGGGGGCCCGGCCGCCCCCCCCGGCUGCCCCCGAGCCGCAGGUUCCGAUCCCGAGGCAGCUCCCGCCCGGAUCGCUCACCCGCCAUCGAGGGGAUAAUCCAGCAGAUCUUCGCGGGGUUUUUCGCCAACUCGGCCGUCCCUGGCUCCCAACAUCCCUUUUCCUGGAGCGGGAUGCUGCACUCCAAUCCCGGGGAUUACGCGUGGGGACAGAGCGGCCUCGACGCCAUCGUCACCCAGCUCCUGGGGCAGCUGGAAAACACAGGACCUCCGCCGGCGGACAAGGAGAAGAUCUCGUCGCUGCCGACGGUGCCGGUGACGCAGGAACAAGUGGGUGGGUGACUCCGGAUCCGGUGGCACCUGGAGCCUGGUGUUUGACAUCCCUUUGUUACCUUCCCUUCCCUUCCCUUCCCAAACCUUCCCUUCCCUUCCCUUCC